AUGGACGACUGGACAGCGACAGCACUCUUCUCGCCUUCCAAAGCUCGCGCCCAACAAGCACAAGCCAAAGAUUGGGCUGCCGUAGACGCCUGGCUCUCUCGACGAUAUGGCUCACGAAUUCCUUCAUUCGAGCGCAACGAGGAUACCCUGCAAGCGCUCCUGACACUCGCAAAUCUCAAUGAAAAUGCAGACGAACAGCGCGCUUCAGUGGAGAGAGUACAAAAGUCCGCUUUACAGGCACUUGGGAGAAAGCAGGACGGACUGCAAGGCGAGGUGAUGCAGGGUGUGGAGAAAGAAUUGAAGGGAGUGGACAGCUUGGACGUGCUGGCUGAGAUGGGCGUGGUUUUGAAUUGUGGGAGUGGGGACGUGGCGAGGCUGGGCAAGGAGAUAGUGAGUCUGGGUGUGGAGGAGUUCGAGAUUGUGCAGCAGGUCAAGCGUGCUGAGGCGCAAUUAGAAGCCUUGAAGCGGGAACAGCGACGGAUCACUGCACUUCUCGAAGACCUGCGAGGUGAAGAUUACAAAGCGCCGUCUGAUAUUGUCGAAGACACGGCUGAGUGGAUGCGGCUCGCAAAGCAUCUCAAAGCGAAGGUCGCAGAGUAUGAGGAGCGUCUGAGUGCUUCGAAAACCAGUUCCAGGAGUAUUGGUAUUGAGCAUGUGCAACAGCGAAUGGGAGAUGUCGAAGAACAGAAGGCGGCUUUGCAGGUCCUUGAGGAAGAGUUGCGAGCAUUUCAGAACUUACCAGCUGAUGCAAGGACGGCGAGAGCAGAAGUCGAGAGAGCUAGGGAGGGGUUGAGAAGAUUGACCACGAAGAGGGACAGGCUGUUCGAGGGACUUGUCGAUCCGUACAACCGGUGA